AUGGCUCCAAAGGAGCUGGCGCCCAGGCUGAAGGUCUUCCGGGUGCCCGACUCCAACCUCCGGGGAAUGGGACUCCGACUCCGUGUUGACCCUGACCCCGUCCUUGGGACUUUAGGCGCGCUCAGCGAUGCCCCCUGGUGCCCACCUGGUGCUGGGGCUGAGCAGACGAGGGACAGGAGCUGCUCUGGAGGUGUCUGGAGGCCCAGUGAGCCCGGGACCCGGGAAGCCCAAGGAGGUGACGCUGAGGCAGCAAGACCUCAGAGAGAGGGUGCGAGUCCCACAGACGACUGUGCAGCACGCCAGGCUGGGCUCCUGUUAGGAGGGGGUGCCUGUGCCCAGGCGGCGGCUCAGAGGCAGCUGCUCCAUGCAGAACUGAAGCUGGUCCUGCAGAAGAAGGGAGAGAGGGAGCAGGAGCCUGGGGCCCAGGUGACUCCUAGCAGCGCCAUGGAGGUCAGGAGCCGGAGUGCUGAGGUGAGUGCCCAUACGUCCUCCAAGGGGCGCUUGUGGGGCCUGGGUGGAGGGCACAGACUAGGGCAGCAAGGAAACACUUCCAGACGUCUCUGUGCCUCCGUCUCCCUAUCCAUGAAAUGGAAAUAGUAACGGGGCCUAUUUUAUGGGUCACUGUGAGGAAAAAAUAUUAACAUAUGUAAAGUGUUUAGCACAGAACCUGGCCCAGACUAAGAUUCAAAGCAGCUAAUUGAUUGGAGCAGAAUGGAAUUAUACUAAUCAUGAGCUAAAGAAAAUGUAGCAGAAACCCUUCAUCGAAAGUGGCAGGAUGGUGCAAGGGUUGAGGACACAGGGUUUGGACAUAUGAGUUUAUUUUUUUUAAUGAAUAUAUAUUUUUAUUGAUUUCAGAGAGGAAG